ACCAUCAUCUUUCAACGGGGAUAUCUCCAGUGGACCUUCUCUAGAAGAAACUGAAAAAAGAUACGGCGUCAACAGGAACCUCCAGUGCCAAAAUGAGUCUGAUGAAUGGCAUACCGACUUCUAGUCGCGUGACCGUCUUGCCUCAGGAUAACCAUCUAUUGGCACUGAUGACAAUCCUGCGAGAUUCGAAAACAGAUUGCAUCAAAUUCGCAGAUGUUGUCGAAAGGGUGUCAACCUUGGUCAUGGCAGCUGCCUUGAAUCUGCUGCCAGUUGAGGCUUCAGAUGUCACAACACCAACAGGCGCCACAUUCCAGGGUGCUCUGGCAACCAAAGAGGUCUGUGGAGUAAGCAUACUUCGCGCUGGUGCUAGCAUGGAAAAUGCGCUACGAAGGACUUACACUGGGCCUUUGAGUUACGGAAAGAUUUUAAUCCAGCGAGACGAGUCAACGUGUCUCCCUGCACAUCUCUAUUCAAAAUUCCCAAAGAACGUAACGAGGAAAGCCGUUUUUAUACUUGAGCCGAUGUUGGCAACUGGCGGCUCAGCGUGUAUGGCUAUCGACAUCAUCAAGGCAGCUGGCGUCCCAGAGGAGCAGAUUUAUUUCAUUAAUCUAGUAGCGUCCCGCAAAGGGUUGGACACGCUCGGUUCUCGCUUCCCAGAAGUGCGGAUAGUGACGGCGGCGGUGGACGAGGAGUUGACAGCCUCCAACCACAUCACCCCUGGAUUGGGUGAUUUUGGCGAUCGGUUUUACGGAACGGUUGACUGAACAAGGGAAAAUCUUAUCUCGAGACUGAUUAGAUGUUUUACGCGUCUCAAUCAAAACAUAACUUCUUUCAUUGAAGAGCGUGGUGUUCGACGUGUAUUAAUUUCUCGCCCUCGCCACGGUUAGACUUCCACAGCCGGCUGUCUUCAAGGUUUGCCACGACGUCCGCAUUCACACAGAUGAUCCGAUAAUUUUCUUAUGAAUAUGUUCC